UUACGACACCACCCCCACCCCCCUCUCUCUCUCUCUCUUUCCACCUUCAUUUAGAUGCCGCCAUUAGCUCCCACCACAAUUCUUAAACCUUUGCUCUCCUUUUAAUUAUUUAUUGCACUCCUUUACAUUCCCAUCACCUUCCUCGUCCUCUCUCUCUCUCCCUCUCUCUCUCUCAAACAUGGAGAACUACUCCAUGCUAUUCCCACCACAACCACCUUCUUAUUCUUAUCUAACUUCACACUUCCCUCAUCAGCACAUCCCAGCAAACAAUAUGGUGCAUGACACCCGAGUGUUGGGAAGCGCCGGAGUGCUGCAAGGAGAGAGCAACGUAGGCGCAGCAGCGGAGGCGAGGGAUCAAGCAUCGAAAGCUGCUCGAAUGGAGGAGGGGGGGGCCGAGAGCGAAGCGAAGCGGCGGAAGGGGGAGAAGAAGGUGAGGAAGCCUCGCUACGCUUUCCAAACGAGGAGCCAGGUUGAUAUCCUUGAUGAUGGUUAUCGUUGGAGGAAAUAUGGGCAAAAAGCUGUGAAGAACAACAAGUUCCCUAGAAGCUACUACAGAUGCACACAUCAAGGCUGCAACGUGAAGAAGCAAGUGCAACGGCUAUCGAAGGACGAAGGGAUCGUCGUAACCACGUAUGAGGGAAUGCACACUCACCCCAUAGAGAAGGCCAGUGAUAAUUUUGAACAUAUAUUAAGCCAAAUGCAGAUCUACACUACUAGCUUUUAGUUACCUUCCAUGAUAAAAAAUAUCGGGAAUUAAUUAUUUGUAAAGAAGAAAACUAUAGUGUUGCUGUUAAAUAAUAAUUAGAAUUUCCAUUGAUCUCAGCAAUCAUACUUGUUUUUCUUUUUUCUGUAUAAUAGUACAGAUCAUUAUACAGUUCUCUUUUUUCCUUUUUUUUUUUUUUUUUGGUUUUCAGUGUGUGUAAAUGGACAAACCACAUGUGGCUAGAACCCUGAAUUGUGCAAGUUCAAAGUAAUGGCGAUUUACUGAUCGAUAA